AGGGUGUGGUGGCUCCUUCCACUCCCUGUGGCCCUGAGUUAGUCGGUGACGGCGAUUGACGGUGAAGGUAUAAAAAAGGAGGCCAUUUCCUUCAGCCGAGCGCAGCAGAAAGCCGUCCCCAAUUCACUUCGUUGCCUCUUCGCCUUCCACUCGCUGCUCCUCUUGGCUGUGCACGUUGCUCGGCUGCCCCACGUCUACCGUUCACUACCGUCGUAGUCCGCACAGACCUUCAAUCUCGAUUCGCCUGACAACAGGAAAACAAUUCGUCUCGACAUCUGAUUUCUUGUCACAACUCACCGCUACACUUCCUUCACCCUCCGCCGAUAUCCUCCCCGCCCACCUGUGAAAUAGACACAAUGGCCUCUCGCGCAAUUCCUGCUCACCUCAAGCCGGCUGCGGCUGCAGGUGCUAACCCCGACGGUGAGGGCUUUGCUGCUCGCCACCAUGGCAAGUCGCAGUCCCAUAUGGCAUUCGAGAAUACGUCAACGAAUGUCGCGGCGUCCCAGAUGCGCAACGCUUUGAACAAGCUCGCAGACACGGUCACGGACCCCAAGGAGAAACAGAGAUUCGAGACGGAAAUGGACAAUUUCUUUGCCCUCUUCAGGCGAUACCUGAACGACAAAGCCAAGGGCAACGCCAUCGAGUGGUCGCGAAUCGCUCCCCCCAAGGCCGAGCAGGUCGUCAAUUAUGCCGACCUGGCCAAUUCCGAGUCGGUCGAAUACCUCAAUAAACUGGCAGUGGUGAAGCUCAAUGGUGGUCUCGGUACAUCCAUGGGCUGCGUCGGUCCCAAGUCGGUCAUUGAGGUCCGCGAUGGCAUGUCCUUCCUCGACCUGUCUGUCAGACAGAUUGAGUACCUCAACAGGACCUAUGACGUCAACGUCCCGUUCGUGCUCAUGAACUCGUUCAACACCGACACCGACACUGCCAACAUCAUCAAGAAGUACGAGGGCCACAACAUUGACAUCCUUACCUUCAACCAGUCCAAGUACCCGCGCGUGCUCAAGGACUCCCUUCUCCCAGCCCCGAAGUCCAUCGAGUCCGACAUCGCCAACUGGUACCCUCCAGGCCACGGUGAUGUUUUCGAGUCACUGUACAACUCUGGAAUCCUCGACAAGCUCGUCGACCGCGGCAUUGAGUACAUCUUCUUGUCCAAUGCCGACAACCUGGGCGCUGUUGUUGAUCUCCGCAUUCUCCAGCACAUGGUGGACUCUAAGGCGGAAUACAUCAUGGAGCUGACAGACAAGACCAAGGCUGACGUCAAGGGUGGUACCAUCAUCGACUAUGAGGGUUCCGUCCGUCUCCUCGAGAUCGCGCAGGUACCAAAGGAGCACGUAAACGAGUUCAAGUCGAUCAAGAAGUUCAAAUACUUCAACACCAACAACAUCUGGAUGAACCUCAAGGCCGUCAAGCGCGUUGUCGAGAACAACGAACUUGCCAUGGAGAUCAUUCCGAAUGGAAAGUCUAUCCCCGCGGACAAGAAGGGCGAGGCCGAUCUGUCCGUCCUCCAGCUCGAGACCGCUGUCGGUGCUGCGAUCCGCCACUUCAGCAACGCGCACGGCGUCAACGUCCCAAGAAAGCGCUUCCUGCCCGUUAAGACGUGCUCUGAUCUUAUGCUUGUGAAGUCGGAUCUCUACACGCUUCAGCACGGCCAGCUGCUCAUGGACCCGAACCGCUUCGGACCAGCUCCCUUGAUCAAGCUCGGUAGUGAUUUCAAGAAGGUUUCCAGUUUCCAGUCUCGCAUCCCAUCCAUCCCCAAGAUCGUGGAACUGGAUCACCUGACCAUUACCGGGGCUGUCAACCUGGGCCGCGGCGUUACGCUGAAGGGUACCGUCAUCAUCGUUGCAACGGAGGGCAGCACCAUUGAUAUUCCACCAGGUUCCAUCCUUGAGAACGUGGUCGUCCAAGGAUCUCUGAGGUUGCUUGAGCAUUAAUUUUUCCUUCGACUUGUUCUGUCAUUUGGCCUGAGCUGGAGAGGGGUUGGCCAUCACUUUCGUUUCUUCGUGUCGUAUAUUUGACAUUGGCGGGACGUGGGUUUGGCUAUCAGCUUUCUCCACAUGUUCUAUAAUUCACAUUGACUGUACAGGUUCUGGGCCUGCAGCAUGGACGAUAUUAUUCGGUUUCGGCCUGCACGGCGCACACGAUCAGGGUGAUCGGUGGCAUUGCAUGCAUCUCUUCUUGCAGUUAGAUGAGAAAAGUACUCCUCAGGAUUCUGGGUGUGCGGCACCUUCAUUGAUGCACCCCUAGCGGCAGCUACGAUAGUAAUAGAUACGAUUUC